UGAAAGAUCAGGUACACCUCGUCUUAUAAUUUCUGUCCACCAUGAGCCAAGAGGUGGAUUCUGAUCGUGAAGAAAUCACCGAGUGGCCACCAAGGGACGCGGAAAAUAGCAACAGCUCGGACGAAAGCGAAAGGGAGGAGUGUGUUCUUCACAAUUUCGAAGAAAAGGGGGAGGGGCGAGGUCAAAAAUCUAUCGGAACAAGUCGACAAGCCUCGCCAGGGCCCGAUAGAAAGCGCGCCAAACUCUGUGAGAGCGAUGAAGAUGUCUGGGAAGAGGCGGAACCCACAGCUGAGGCCGCUCUGGCGCGAUGGUGGCGAAGGGAGGGAAGGAACACUGUCAAACUCAAAGAAUCCCUCCCAGAUUCUUCAAAUCCCAACACACGACUUCUACAUUUGGCAAGAACGAAAGAGGCUCGAGACUUCUUAAAAUCGGAGGCAUUUCGUCUGAAACAGAAAAUAAAGACUACCUCUGGGCAUGAGAAAGCUGGGAUUUUGUCAGCACUUGCUUCUUACUAUGAUAUCAUGGGACAGUACCAGGAGGCUGAAACAUGUCUACAUCAGUCCCUUUGUCUCAACUCGUCAUCUAAACACACUCAAUGGCUGCUUGCUAAAGUAAAAAAGCAGCUACAUGCUAUAAACGUACAGAAAGAGGUUACUAAAAGUCUAGAGGGAAACAAGACAGAAGAGCUUUUGUUUCCAAGCCCCACGCCUGUAGAAAGAGUGUCAGGAAAUUCCCUGAGUGCAGCAGAAUUCUUCAAGAGAUACUCUUCUACAAGUACACCUGUAGUGAUUACAGAUGUUGUUGAAGGCCUGACAUUUAACCGUUGGACGAUCGAGUACGUGAAAGAUUCAAUAGGUCACAAACAAGUGCCAGUGAAACGUGUGGUGUCCGGGUCAGCAGAAUGGGCACAGUUAGAAACAGCACGAACAGUGAAAGUGUGUGACUUUAUAGAUUCCUUAGACCAACAUGAGGCACAGAAAUUAUACCUCUUUGACUGGAGCUUGCCGAUUCAUUGCCCUGAACUUUCAAAAGAGCUGACAGUUCCAAAGUAUUUCUGCCAUGACUUUUUAAAGAAAACGCGAGAAGGAUCGCUGUAUAGAGACAGCUGGCCGAGCUUGUUCGUUGCACCUGCAGGAUUGUCUGGAGGGCUUCAUGUGGAUGCUUUUGGGUCCAACUUUUGGAUAGCUCUAUUUCAGGGGAGGAAAAGGUGGCUGUUCUUCCAAAAGGACGACCUCCCCCUGCUGUAUCCUCACUACAAUCAUUCCACAGACCCUAGCUUUGACGUGUCUGUCUUCAACCCAGACUUACAGAAGUACCCACUGUUGAGCCAGACACACCCAAGGGAGUGCGUCCUCCAACCGGGAGAGCUGCUGUUCGUUCCAGCGGGCUGCCCCCACCGUGUGGAAAACCUUGACAAAUCUCUGGCUGUUUCAGGGAAUUUUGUGGAUGAGUCUAACUUCGAAGUUGUGAAGGAGGAGCUGAGGAUAAAUGCCCUGAAAGACCCACGUGCUCUCGACUUGCUUCAACAGUUUACUGACUGUGAUUUUUUGACAAAUAAACCAUAGAUAGAGUUGAUUGCUCAUAACAGACCCCAGAGUCAAAUUGGUAUUGUACUUCAACUGUAAUGUCAGCACUUUUAUGGUAAUUUUGUUACUUAUUGAUAGGGGAGCCACCAAGAACCAUUG